GAAUUUUUCUUUUGAAGAAAUCAAAAUAAACUUACAAACAACAGUUUCAAGUUAAAUUCAGCUAUUUGAACAUAGUUUAGAAGCGGAAUACCUUAUUUAUUAGUUGCCGCUGUGAUUAGCGACAUUUAUAUCAAGUUGUUGACCUUAGAUACUUGGGAAGGAUGGAAACAGGGCUAGUUGUGGAAGAAAUAAUAAUCAAACCGGAGGUUAUACUCAUCUCAGAUGACGAAACAGAUGUCUACGAAGAGGCACCAAAAAAACGCCGCCGGCGAGUAGUGAAGAAAUCCCCCCACCCCUGUGAAGACUGUGACAAGAUCUUUCAAACAGGAUACGAACUUAAGAAACACAAGCGGACACACACAGGGGAAAGACCGUAUAUGUGCACGACUUGCGGCAAAACUUAUACACAGCUGGGACACCUUAGUAUCCACGCGUUGACGCAUCAAGGCAUAAAGAACUUCAAUUGUCACGAAUGCGGCGCGUCCUUCUACAGAAAAGCGGACCUAGACCGCCACGAGAAAAUCCACACAGGGGACAAACCUCACGAGUGCGAAAUAUGCUCCAAGAGUUUCGUUCAGAAGAAUAACCUCGUCAUGCAUUUGAAGAUGCAUUCGGGAGACAAACCUCAUGAGUGUCAGGUGUGUAAAAAGCGUUUCCUGACCCGUAGCAAGCUGGUCCUACAUUCCAAAAGGCACGAAAAAGACAAGAAGAUCAAGAAAGAAUUCCUCGAUCGAUCGAUCACAGACGAUUCGAAUAUUUACAUUUUAGGUUAAGACCACAGGCCCCUUAGCCGAAUGGCAUUUCUGCAACGCGAAACGAAAACGAAACGCCGCGAAAGGUAGUCUGGCUCUGUCGCCAAUA